AGUCAAAAUUCAUUUAAACCCAACACUCACCAUUCUCAACUCGUCCGAGUCAAACUGAUUCUAACUCACUCAUCGGCGAACUCCCGCCUUCCCUUCUCAACCGUCAUCAACCUCCGCCGUACACCGCCACUUUACGCCGGCGGAAAUGGAUUCCGAUCGGCUUAUGGCGUUAUGCUCAGGUUGUUUUCUUGGAGUUAUGCUCAGGUUGUGUGGCUAUACUUACACCUCAGAAUUUAAAGGUACCAACUAUGGGGGAAAUGAUGGACUUGUGGAAGAAAAAUCAAAAUACAUUUGGGAUGAUCUAUAGCUGGUUUCUUGCUAAGGUUGCUAACAAGCUUGAGGUUGUACCUGGGGCUGAGUUUCGUGUGGCCUAUGAAGAAGCAAUGAAGUAUGGGGGAAGGGUGAUACUUGGUGACCGACCUGUGCAAAUAACAUUGCGAAGAACAUGGGCAAAAAUGCCGCUUUAGCACAAAACAAAAUUCUUGUUCUCCUUGUUAUUCCAAGCAGUAUUUUUACCAAAGCCGGAAGAUCUCAACAAGAUGCUGAAGGAGAUGGAUGAUGUCGACAUGUUGACUCUUGUAGUUCAGGAAAUGAGCAAGAACUUCCCCACUCUUUGGACUAAACUAGUUCAUGAACGAGAUCUUUUGUUUUUAUUGCAUCAAUGCACUAGUAUUCAACUGCGUGAGUUUUUGCAAUUGCAAAUAAGGAUGACAAUGAAUCAGACAUUGGGAAGGGUCACCUGCCCGGAAUCAAGAAUUACUGGAAACAACCCAUUGAGGUUAAGGAGCUACUCACAAUUCCUUCACAGAAACGUGCCAUUUCCAUCACGAGAAUCUUGUCAACACUUGGAGUUGCAGUGGCCGGGGUGGCCAUAGUAUCUGGCAUGUAUACUUCAAUCAAGAAAUAACAUCAGCUGAUCAGAUUCAAUCGUCCUUUCUUUCAUGUAUUUUAGAGAGCUCAUACAAGUUUGUUACGUUUAGGUGCUUGAGGUCACACAUUCAACUCAGAUCUGUCCUGCUGCCGGAAAUGGGAAAUAAUUGUUUUU